UGGCUGGUGUCUGCAGCUGCCUGUAGGCCAGCUAAGCCUACGAAAACAAACGGCGCUUCGAGUUAGCGUCUCAGUUUUUUGGUUCUGUUGCCCAGGGCUGACGACGCCUCGGCUCGGUUAUAUUAAAGCUCGUCUGAAUGUGUAUAUAAAGGAACAGGUGUAGCUCUUAAUGCAACCCUCCCUCCUCACUAGGAACCACAAUGUCCGACGCGGCUAACGUUAGUACUACAGAGAACUACGGAGACUCGGGGCUUAACGGGUCCUGGGUGGAGUUGGAGAUGAACAGAACCCAGCAGGCCCAGUCGUCCUCGCCGGCCGGGCCGGCGCCGGGCCUGCUGCCCCUUCCUCAGGUGGAGGAAGAGGAGGCCGUGGUGGGGGGGCUGGAGCACGUCCCGUCGUCCUCCUCCAUCCACAACGGAGACAUGGAGAAGAUCCUGCUGGACGCCCAGCACGAGUCGAGCCGCAGCAACUCGUCCUGCGACAGCCCGCCGCGGCCCCACUCCCCCCAGGACGAGGGACAGAUCAUCUUCGACGUGGACACGACCGGCAGAAGAGACAGCCAGUCUGAGGAGGACGUCCUGGACAAGGAGAGGGACAUGGACAUCCUGAUGAAGGACGCAGACUGGGUCGCCGAUUGGUCCAGUCGGCCGGAAAACAUUCCCCCCAAGGAGUUUCAUUUCCGUCACCCUCGUCGCUCGGUGAUGCUCAGCAUGAGGAAGACCGGCGCCAUGAAGAAGGGCGGCAUCUUCUCUGGCGAGUUUCUGAAAGUCUUCAUCCCCUCGUUGCUGCUAUCGCACAUCCUCGCUCUGGGCCUGGGUGUUUACAUCGGGAAGAGGCUGACCACGCCGCCGGCCAGCUCCUUCUGAACCCAAACUGAAGAAAAGUGCCUGAAGAGAAGUUGCCACGAGCCGUUUCUGGAGGAUUUGUGCUGUUGUGAGAAGAUUGCCCGUCUCUCAUCCCUCUUCCUCUCCUGCCUGCCUCCUCUUCCUCCUGCUUCUUUUUAACCCCUCCUCUCCCUCCUCCUGUUUCCCUCUAACCGUCUGCAGCUUUCUGAGGUCGUAUUUUCCCCUCUAGAAGUUUCUUAGCGGAUUGUUGCAGCGUUGAAAACAGAGACUGGCCAGAGAUUGUGCCACCUGCGUGAAGUAGCCCAGCUCUCGAUCACGACCAAAGUCAGACCGAAACGACGUCUGGAAAUGUGAUUGCGCCUUUUUUUUUCUUUUUCUGAAAGUGGCCAUUUUUGUUUCUUCUUCUUCUGCUAAUUGUGUCUACUUUAUUUAUUUUGCAAACAGUGGUUGUCUACAGAGACAGCAGCCAACUCAAACCUUUAUUCUGGCCAGUUUUGAGAGAAAAACGCACUCUGACACUAACUGGGAACCAGUUUGGGUUGCACACACUGGAAAAAAACUAAAUAUUACCAAGUAGUUUUGUUGUAGUUUAUAGUGGGAAUAUUUCGGUACGCUUAAAAUAAGACAAAACAAACUUACAAAUAACUUUUUAUCAAGAUAUUGGAGCUUGUUUUGAGUCAAUAAUUCCUUAAUAUUGGUGAAAAAUAUAGUAUUUUAUUCUGCCAAGAAACUCAGAAAUUUUUAGAUUUAUCUCAGAAAUGUUGUAGAAAACACAAGGACAUUUCUCAUCUUCAAAACUCGAAAAUUUGCUGGGAAAAAAUCUCCGAAAUUUUGAGAUUAAUCUAAAAAAUUUUCUAGAAAAAAAUGGUUUAAAUUUCUGAGCUUGAAAAGUUAAGAAUGUGCAAGAAAUCUCCCAAAAUCUUUUAGAUUAAUCUCAGAAAUUUUCUUGAGAAAAUGUAGAAAUUUCUGAGCUCCAAAAGUGGAAAAUUUGCUAAGAAAUUUGUUUUUUAGAUUUUUUUGAGAUUUGUGUCAGAAAUUUUCUAGAAAAAAACUUGCCAAUUUCUGAGUUUGAGAAAUUUUACAUUUUUGACUUUUGAAUCUCAAAAAUUUCAGAAAAUUUAAGAGAUUCGUCUCAAAAUUCCUGAGAAUUUUCAUACUUUUCAAGCUCAAGACUUUUUUGUUUUUUAUUCUACAAAAUUUCUGUGAUUAAUCUAAAAAUUUCUGAGUUUUUUGGUGAAAAUUUACUCCUUUCAGUCGUAGGAAUAAUCUGCCAGUGGAACUAACAAUUUUUCGUCAAUAUUUAGGAAUUAUAGACAUAAAACAAUCUCCUAAUUUUUGCUGAAAAGUUCCUUUUUAGUUAGUUUCAUCUUAUUUCAAGCGUAUUAAGAUAUUUGCACUAGAAACCAGACAAAAACCCUCGGUAACAUUUCGUGUUUUUGCAGGGCAGAACUCUUCAGGUUCAGUCUUACUCGUUUUAACCGACUUUUUCCUGAAUGUUUUUCAAGAAGAAAAUAUUUCACAAAGAAAUGUAACGUUUCUAUUAGGAGUUUAUAGUUUCAGAGAUGCUUUUGUUUAAGGAAAGCAGCGCUCCUGCACUCCAGCGAAAACAGUGAAGCCCUCCGUAGAUCUGCAGGUGAUAGAAUGUGGCUGUGCAAACGUAGAAAAGCACUAACAGACAGCACUCGCGUGACGGCCUCAAAGUCCUGGAAUGAGAAAAUGAUGACAAAAAUGGAUGAUUAUGAUUUACAGCUCAUAAAAAAACAAAAUUCAGGUUUUAGAAAUUAGGAAAUUAAAUCUGAGCAGUGAAAAUGCUCCGACUUUGGACUUGUUGAUGAAUUAUCAUUAAAAAAUAUUAGAUUUUCUACAUUUUAUCCCUAAAUUAAGUAUGAAUGUAUAAAAAACUAAAGGACUUUUUACUUUAAUUUCUAAUUAAAUUGUAUCUUUUACCUUUUACUUACAUAAUCAUAACUUCAAUAUUUGUCGGAUUGAUAAAUGAAUCAAUUUUACUUUUAUUUUGCCUCCUUAACUUCUUAAACCAGAUGAAGCAUGGAAGAUAAAUAAAUUAAAUAAUCAGAUCAUAAAAUAACAGAUUUCUUUCUCCUAAAAUGUCAUUAAAAAUCUGAAAUUUCAAAAUAGAAAUUUACUUUCUUUUUCUCUCUUCUGACAGUUCUCUCCAAGGUUUUUCCUUCCAUUGAACUUUCCAUCAAUGUUUGUUUUUGAAGAGAAUUGAUUCUAUUUCUCUUUUUAAAAUGAUUUAUUGGUCUUAUUCUAAAUAUCUGAGGAGCUGAAUUUUAUGUUUCCAUUGGCUGUAAGUCAUAAUCAUCAUAAUAAUUUAAUUUAUUGAUGAGUUUAACCAGCACCAUAAGCACAUACUUUUAUUUCAGGAGGAAAUAAAUGGAAAUUGUGAUUUUUACUCCUUUUUUUUGCACUUGUUGGACAGAAACAAAUCAAGAACGUUCCCCGUUCUCUCAUCAAAACAAUCUCAAUUGAUGAUUCCACAAACACAUGACAAAAACAGCUAAGCAUGCUUCUGCACUAAAAACCCUUUUACUUCCUGUUUUGUUUUUUUAACUUCCUGUUUUGUUUUUGUUUGCUGCCCCCUUGUGCUGGUGCUUGUAUUUGUUCCUGCUACAGUUAAACCUUACAUUUUGUAUUCUUUUCUGUUUUUGUGUUUUGAACCGUUUUCGUUUCCUGCUGUCGAAGAAGAGAUUGUGAACGCACACACUGGGAAUCAAGCUUGACGUGAAAAUGUUUCAAAAGCGGGAAAAUAAAACUCCUUCCUGAAGGAGAAGGAAAGUGUGGAGAGAGAUUAUCCUCCGUAAGACUGCGCCGGUCUGAGAGAAGUUCUUGUAAUGAUGCAUUUGCUUUAAUUUUUUCCUGCUACAUUGAAAACAUUGAUAAACAUUUUGUCAAUAAACAUGACUUGAGUGGAAA